AUGGCUAAGUUCAGUGUAUCUAAUGAGAGAGAUACAUAUGUUGUGGAUCUGACAACAAAGACAUGUGCUUGUCGAAAAUGGGACUUAACUGGUAUACCAUGUGAACAUUCUAUUGUCUGCAUUUGGCAAAAUGGUUUGCAAGUUGAAAAUUUUGUGUCAACCUAUUAUAGGAAGACACAAUGUCUGGCCACAUACUCCCACAUUGUGCUACCCUCAAAUGGAACAAGACUAUGGCCAGUGACAAAUACUGAGUACAUCAAUCCACCCCUAAUGAGAAGGGCACCAGGAAGGCCAAAAAAGACAUGUAAGGGAAAAAGUGCUGCUGACAGGCAGAUUCCUAAGGGAGGAAACAAGCAGAAGACAGCAGGCAAGGCUAGCUCUAGUGGACAGCAGAAAAACAAGAAACAGAAAACAAGUGCUACUGAAGUUGAGGUGGUUGUUUCUCAGGGAUCACAGACUCCACAACCAUCUCAAAAUUAG